AUGGCAUCUUCGACAUCAAUCAAAUCACGCCACGUGGCUGUAAUCGGAGCUGGAGCCGCCGGACUAGUGGCGGCGAGAGAGCUUCGACGAGAAGGUCACUCUGUCGUCGUUUUCGAGAGGCAGAAAGAAGUCGGAGGAACCUGGAUCUACACCGAUCAUGUCGAGUCGGAUCCGUUAAGCGUCAACCCGACCCGACUCGUCGUUCACUCGAGCGUCUAUGACUCUCUCCGAACUAACCUUCCCCGAGAAUGUAUGGGAUUCAGAGACUUCCCGUUCGCGAUCCGAUCCGGCGAAUCCAGAGAUCCGAGGAGGUUUCCGAGUCACGGUGAAGUUCUAGCGUAUCUGCAGGAUUUCUCUAAGGAGUUUGGGAUCGAGGAGCUGAUCCGGUUCGAGACGACGGUCGUGCGCGUUUCUCCGGCGGCGAAAACCGACGGCGGAGAAAGAAUCGGAAACUGGAGAAUCGAAUCUACAGAGAAAGAGAAGAAAUCUCAUCAUCGUGAUGAGAUUUACGAUGCUGUUGUUGUUUGUAACGGACAUUACAUUGAACCUCGUCUCGCUGAAAUUCCUGGGAUAAGUUCUUGGCCAGGGGAGGAGAUGCAUAGCCAUAACUAUCGUCUUCCACAACCAUUCAAAGAUCAGGUUGUUGUGCUGAUUGGGAACUCUUCAAGUGGUGAUGAUAUAAGCAGAGACAUUGCUGGAUUUGCCAAAGAAGUUCAUGUGGCUUCUUGGUCAAAUCCAGCUGAUACAUACAUCAAACAAACUGGUCACAAUAACCUGUGGAUGCAUUCAAUGAUUGAGCGUGUCCUUGAGAAUGGUUCUGUGGUUUUUCAGAAUGGGAAAACGAUUUUGGCUCAUGUGAUAAUGCAUUGCACUGGGUAUAAGUAUGACUUCUCGUUUCUUGAUACCAAUGGAAGUGUUACUGUAGAUGAUAAUCGUGUUGGUCCAUUGUACAAACACAUCUUCCCUCCAGCAUUAGCACCGUCGCUCUCCUUCGUCGGGAUACCAUGUAAGGUUAUACCGUUUCCUAUGUUUGAGCUGCAAAGCAAGUGGAUUGCGGGUGUUUUGUCGGGUCUGAUCAAGCUUCCUUCAGUAGAUGAUAUGUUAAUGGAAAUAAAGAACUUGUAUGCAACACUUGAAGGGGAAGGGGUUCCUAAGCGAUAUACUCACUCUUUGGGCAUCAAUCAUUUUGAGUACAAUGAUUGGUUUGCUUCAGAAUAUGGGUGCUCAGGAACAGAGGAAUGGAGGAAAGAGAUGUUUUUGACGAGUUUCAUGAGGAAGAUGGAGCAUCCGGAGACGUAUAGAGAUGAAUGGGAAGAUCAUCAUCACUUGGUUGCUCAAGCUUAUCAGGAUUUCUCUUUGUAUAUAUCAACCAAAAUAUGA